UCGCGUGUUUUAUUUAUCUUUUAACUGACAGCCAGCUGCAUUUAAUUUUGUUAAUUUGAAUUGAAUUAAACAAAAAAUGCAAUUCCAUUUUAAAAUCGCCGACCCAGAUAGCAAUGCGUCGACAUCCAAUAAUCCGCCUAGCAAUCCGCACACAACCCUACAGCUGCAACAGCCGGCGGCUCUUAUAGAACCAAAGGAUGCACAACAUGAGAUUAAAUUGCAAAACAUCGUGGCUACUUUCUCCGUGGAGUGUGAAUUGGAUCUGAAGACCAUCAACUCCCGCACCCGGAAUUCGGAGUAUUCUCCAAAGCGUUUCCGUGGUGUCAUCAUGCGGAUGCAUUCCCCACGUUGCACGGCACUCAUCUUCCGCACGGGUAAAGUGAUCUGCACGGGAGCACGAAAUGAAAUAGAAGCCAAUUUGGGCUCCCGCAAGUUUGCACGUAUUAUACAGAAAUUGGGCUUUCCCGUAAAAUUUGCGGACUAUAAGCUGCAAAACAUUGUGGCCACGGUGGAUCUUCGUUUUCCCAUACGCCUGGAAAACCUAAAUCAAGUGCACGGCCAAUUCAGCUCAUAUGAGCCGGAGAUGUUCCCCGGACUCAUCUAUCGCAUGGUGAAACCCCGUCUAGUGCUCCUUAUCUUUGUCAACGGAAAGGUCGUCUUUACCGGUGCCAAAUCACGAAAGGACAUUAUGGAUUGCUUAGAGGCCAUUUCCCCAAUAUUACUUAGUUUUCGUAAAACGUAGAAUUUAUGUGUGCACUUUUUAUUUAUAGCAAUAUGUAAUAAGGAUAGUUAAGCGCUUCUUGUAUUUAUCGAACAAUUAACAAAGACCACCUAAGCAUUAUGGCCAAUAUUAAUAAACUGUUAACUAUUUAUGCAAAAA